AUGCUGCAACUUUCAGCUUUCGUUCCUCGCAACCCUUUCCACCAGCUCGUGGCCACUCUGUGCAUCGUGGGGCUAUUUCUCGCCGCCGUGUUUGCCAUUGCACUCAGGCCCAAGAGCAAGGGACAUGCGCCGAGCACCAUCGAUGCAUAUCUCAAGUUCAUCUAUGGUUGCUUCUUGAAGCCUCACACCGGUGACGGGUCCGGCAGCCAGCAAGACGCUCUUGAGAGCUUCUACAAGGCACAGGCCGAAGUCUACGAUGCUACCCGCACCAAGCUCCUACGCGGCCGCGAGGAUAUGCUGGGACUCGUUGCUGCGCAGCUCAAGCACCGCAGUGAAGCCGGCUUGAUCUCACAACGCCCGGUCUGGGUCGAUCAAAUGAACGCUUACGUUCCUGUGGCAAGCUUCUUCAGUUCAGUUUACGUUGUGGAUCUCUCCCCGAGCCUUUGCGAAAUGGCUCGCAAGCGCUUCGCCCGCCUAGGAUGGACAAACGUCAAGGUCAUCUGCCAGGAUGCACGUGCAUUCCGUCUCCACGAACAUGAACCCCAGGCGCACCGACAAAAGGAGAUGGUGUCUCAAGGUCAGACUAUCCGGGAUCUUGACGAGAAUGCCGAUGCUGGAGGUGCUGAGCUUGUUACCAUGAGCUACUCCCUGAGCAUGAUCCCUGAAUUCUACCCCGUCAUCGAUUCGGUCGACAGUCUCAUGAGCCCCAACGGCAUUGUUGGAGUGGUUGACUUUUACGUCCAGAACCAAGUCGACUUUAUGGGCAGGAACUACAUGGGCGGUGUCAUCGACCGUCAUUGCAUGUGGAUUUCACGUGUAUUCUGGAGGGAAUGGUUUGCCAUCGACCGCGUAAACCUGUCUCCGGCACGCCGAGAUUACCUCGAGUACCGAUUCGGCACUGUUCUCAGCAUCAAUGCCCGAAACAACUUCUUCAACACCGGUAUCAAGCUGCCCUACUACAUCUGGGUGGGAUGCUCAAAGGACCAUGGCGCUUCGACACAAAAGCUGGCCAAGAUUGACGCAGCCGCCACCGAAUCGCCAUACCUGAACGCUCUCGACCUCCAAACAAGAGUCUCACAGGACGAUGUGGAAGUUCACUCCAAGGCGUAUGAAUCUGCAGUCGUCAACCUGCAAUCCAGCCUGCCUCUGCCAUCGUCGUGGUACCAAAACCAUCACUGGCGCAUCCACUACGACUCGAGCCUUCCAAAGCAUACUCGCUUCAAUAACUCGUACAUCUACGCCUUUACGUGGGAAGAUGAUGUGGCUGAUAUGCGAUUGUUGAAGCCCACAUCUAAUGAUGUUGUGCUCGCCAUUGGCUCCGCCGGCGACAACAUCCUCGCUUUUUAUCUGGAAAAGUGCCGGCGUGUGCAUGCCGUCGACCUCAAUCCCUCGCAAAACCACCUUCUGGAACUCAAAGUCGCUGCCUUUACAGCCCUCGGCUACCAGGACGUCUGGAAACUGUUUGGCGAAGGCAAGCAUGCCGACUUCCACAAACUACUCACCGAGAAGCUCAGUCCUCAUCUCUCGUCAGAGGCAUUCCAGUUCUGGUUCCACAACGGCCCAUCUGUCUUCUCGGCGCCGUCUUCAAAGGGCCUUUACUACUCUGGCGGCUCGGGAAACGCUCUUGCAAUUGCAGGCUGGCUCUUCCGCCUCCUCGGCAUGAGUGCAGACGUCCAAGCCCUCUGCGCCGCGCAAACACUCAACGAACAGCGUGAAAUCUGGCAACGCAGCAUCAAGACAGUACUCCACUCCAAGAUCCUCACCUACGCCAUCCUGGGCAACGAAAAAUGGCUCUGGAAAGCGCUCGGCGUGCCGCCCGUACAGCGCGCCGUCAUCGAAGCCGACUUUAGAAAGACGCAGGACUACGACGAAGCAAAAGCCACUUCGCCCAAGGACACUGCUACAGAUUACAUGGCGUUCCACGAGGAGCCCUCGGACGACGCGCUCAAGAGCGCCAGCGGCAACGCCAUCUACGAAUACGUACUCAACACGUUCGAGCCCGUCAUCAACACAACGCUGCUCAGCACCUCAAACCACUACUACCUGCUCUCGCUGCUGGGCCACUACACGCCCACCUCGCACCCGACAUAUCUGUCCCCGCGCUCGCACCUCAAGCUCUCCAAACCCGGUGCCUUUGACGGCCUGCGCAUCCACACGGACGAAAUCUCAGAGGUCAUUUCCCGCAUGCGCCCCGCGACUCUGACCAUCGUCGUCGUCAUGGAUAGCAUGGAUUGGUUUCCGCCAACCGGCAACCAGGCGCUGCGCCAGAUCCGCGCUCUGAAUCGCGCGCUCCGUGUGAGAGGGAGAGUAAUGCUGCGUAGUGCGGGCUUGGAACCGUGGUACAUCAAGUGUUUUGCCGACUGUGGGUUUGCCGUUAAACGUGUUGCUGUGAGAUUGCCGGGCACGUGUAUUGAUCGCGUAAACAUGUAUGCGUCCACGUGGAUCUGCACAAAGGAAGUCGAGCUCCAGAGUGACGAGGGCAGGCCGAGUGCGGGGUCGAGAAAGGCGUCGUUGGCGGAAUUGAAGCUAGAGGCACCCGCUAUGCGUGUUGAUUGAGUAGGGCCAUGUUCCAGCUUGAUUUUCUUUUUUUUCCUUUCCAUGGUCAAGUUGUGCAGCGUAGCGUAGCAUGUUGGUGGUCUGUCUGUUAUUUCAUGCUAGAUACCUAGAAUGCAGCGC